AUGACUUCAGCCAGACGGAUGACGCCCCGGCGGGCCAAUGCCAUCACCAUUCUAUCCACGCUCCUGGUUUGUUUCAUCGGUGGUAUCAUCAUCGGUGGUAUCAUCAUCGGUGCCAUCUUCUUUACACCCGUUAUCUCCAACUUGCUUGGAGACACAUUCUCCCCAAUGACUAUUACCAGUAUCGAACCCAUCUUGUCCUGCUUCGUCAUCGGUAGCAUUCUCGGUACCGUCACCGGCGGCAUCAUCCUCUGGAAUCGAGAAGCGGUUGACGGCACCACCAAUCCCCGUGACGGCUACGAGGACUUGGAGGCCAACCGUGGCCCCUCAAUCCCCUCCCGUCUCUGCCUUUACCAAUAUAACGACUCUUACGACGUUUAUCACGCCACCGCCGCCGCUUACGAGAACGCCCUCAACCACGGUUUCAACCUUCCCGAGUCCUCCGACUCCUCCGAGUCACCUGCAUCCAGCUACAGUCCCGACAUUCAAGCCUUCUGUCCCCACCACCACCGGCAAUACGCGCUCACCGAAGCCAACCUGGCCAGACACAACAGGAACACCCCCCGUCACAAGCGUCCCUCGAGCCCAGCCGAUUCUGUCCGUCCCUGGCACGAGCACCGUUGGGCACCAAACGUAUACGUCGUGGCGUUGGACCUUGACGACGGCAGCCACAAGGGAGAUGCUGAAAUUUGCCCCCCUCUGCCUCCUACACCCGGCGAUCGUGCCCCUCUGCUCCAAGGUAUUAGGCGUGGUCCUAGAUAUUCCUAA